GUGGUGGUUGCUCGUAACAGUGGGUGGGUUCGCUGCCGGGACUUGUCCUGGGCUCCUGGCUAUUUAAAAGGACUGUUGUUUGAACCGGUCCAAUCGGAGCAGAGUGGGCGAGCGAGCGAGAGUGAGCGCAGACUAAUUGAGAUUUCGACAGAGCCUCGGUAAAUUAGUGCCCUGCCCGCGUUCCGUGCGGUUGCUGGUGAAAGGGAUUGUCUGACGAGGAGAUUGCUGGUCAUUUACUCUCUUCCCACUUUACAGACACCGCAGGCAGGAACCAUGAAAUUCCUCGUCACCCUCCUAGUCGCAGGGCUGAUCGCAGCUGCCCAGGGUUCCCAGGAGCCAGCUCCCAACGCCCCGACCAAGUGGGAGGAGGCAGUGGAGAAGUUCUGGGACUUGGCCAGUCAGGUCCUGCACUCCACCGAAUCGGUGUUGUCCAACACCCAGCUGCAGAACCGGUUCCGGGAGCUGAUCACCGAGGGCCUCUCGCAGCUGAACACCUCGGCCGAGGACCUACGGGCACGGCUGGGUCCGUACUCGGAGCAGUUCCACUCGGAUCUGGAGGUGCUGCGGGAUCGGCUGCAGAGGGACCUGGGCUCCCUGCAGAGCACAGUGGAGCAGUACCACACCGAGAGCCAGCUGCUGGCCCAGCAGGGCUACAGCGACCUGCGCCACACCCUGGGCGUCUACCUGCGCAAGUACCGCAAGCGGCUGACCCGCGACCAGGAGCAGAUCCGCCACAAGUUCCAGGAGUACCAGGAGCUGCUGGGGGAUCAGGGCCAACGGGCGGUGGAGGGUCUGCGACAGGCCGUGGACCCCGUGGCCUCGGCCACCGGCACCAAGCUGCAGGAGGGUCUGUCCGCCCUGCAGCAGGGCUUCGAGCAGCGGCUGGACCAGGUCCGGCAGCAGGCGCACAGCUUCCAGCAGCAGGCCGCCCGCGACACCCAGGGCUUGCGCCAGGCAGUGGAGGACCAGAUGGCCGCCCUCCGGGACUGGUUCCAGUCCGAGGCCCAGGCCAUCUCCCACCGCUUCCAGGAGCUGCUCGACUCGGUGAGGCAGCAACAGGAGGAAGUCAACUGAGGCCACCAGCUCACCCCCUCCCCUCUGCUUCACCGCUGCCCCCCUCUCCUGGUACGCGACGGUUUUGGGAUCCCAGCCCCUCCCUCCGAACUCACAUCGGGACGCUCUGUACCUCCACUAACUGGCUCUCGGGACUAACUCAAUAAAGAAUCAUCCUGCC